AUGAAAUUAUUAUUAUUAAAUAUCUUAUUAUUAUGUUGUCUUGCUGACAAACUUAACGAAUUCUCAGCAGACAUUGACUAUUAUGAUCUUGGUAUUAUGUCUCGUGGAAAGAAUGCAGGUUCAUGGUAUCAUUCUUACACCAACCAAUAUGAUGUCUUCUAUUAUUUAGCUAUGCAACCAUGGAGACAUUUUGUGUGGACUACUUGUAGUGGAAAUGGUAAUACUGACUGUUAUAAAUACACUAUUAAUGAAGAUCACAAUCUUAACAGUCAACAAUUGGCUAAUAUUAAGACUCUUGAUAAACAAGAUUUUUGUCAAAAAGAAUAUGCAUACCCAAUUGAAAAAUAUGAAAUUGAUUGGGAUAAUGUUCCAGUUGAUGAACAACAAAUUGAGAGUGCAGACAUUAACGGAAAAACAUGCUUCAAAUAUGCAGCUAAAAGACCAUUGGCUUAUGUCUAUUUAAAUACAAAAAUGACUUAUGCAACAAAAACAGAAGCUUAUGAUGUUUGUAGAAUGGACUUCAUUGGAGGAAGAUCAAUUACCUUCAGAUCAUUUAACAACGAAAACAAAGCAUUCAUUGAUCAAUAUAAUACAAACACUACAUCAAAGUGUAUUCUUGAUGUUAACAAGAAUAAUGUUGAUACACAUCUUGCAAUUAUUCUUGGUAUUACUGAUUCUACAGUUAUUAAAUCUCUUCAAGAGAAGUUAUCUACUUUAAACCAAUUAACUACAGUAAAAGGAGUAACAUUGUACUAUCUUAAAGGAGAUUCAUAUGCAACUGCCAAUAUUGAUUUGAAGAAUUUAAAUUAUAAUACUCUUACUCAAUACACAGCAGGAUCAGGACAAGUUGAUCCACUUGUUAAUAUCGCUAAGAGAGAUUUAGCUGAUAAGAUUUCAAAGAAGACAAUUAAAAGAGGAACUAUGAUUGUAUUAAUGGACAAGGCACUUGGAUCAGAAUUUGAUGCAGAAACUGCAUUUGAUAGAAAUAAUAUUACUGUCCACACUGUUGUUCUUAAUAGAAAUAAAGACCAAAAGAUUACACGUAGUGCUUUGAAACUUGUUUCACUUGGACCACAUUAUCAUGAAUUUACAGGUAAUAGUGAAGUAGAAACUACUAUCAAUGCAUUGUUCAAGGGAAUUAGAGCUAAUUUAACAGAAAGAUGUGAUAGAAAUAAAUGUUCAGGAUUUUGUGAUGCAAUGAACAGAUGUACAUGUCCAAUGUGUUGUGAGAAUGAUUGCUUCUACACAUCAUGUGAUGUAGAAACAGGAUCAUGUAUUCCAUGGCCUAAAGCUAAACCAAAGGCAAAGAAAGAAUGUCCAGAUACCUGUGUAGGUUCAUAUGAAUGUAGAGAUCUUGAAGGAUGUGUUAUCAAACAAUACAACAAAUCUUGUGAACCAAAAGUAAAAUGUAUGGUACCAUAUUGUGAGGGAGAUAGUGUUACUGAAACAUGUAAACAAAAGCCUAACUGUGAAGCAGAUCAAAAACCAAGUUCAGAUGGAUAUUGUUGGAGUUAUACAUGUGAUGAAACUACUGGUUUUUGUAAGAAAGAUAAACAUGGAGACAAAUGCACAGGAAAGACUACUAACUGUCAAGAAUAUGUUUGUGAUUCACAACAGAGAUGUACUGUUCAAGAAAAGGUAUGUGUAAAAACAUCACCAUAUAUUGAAAUGUCAUGUUAUGUAGCUAAAUGUAAUCUCAAUACAGGUAUGUGUGAGAACAGAUUAUCAUGUGAUACAUAUUCAUCAUGUGGUGGAGAUUCUACCGGAUCAGCAUGUAAGUGUGAUGCAUCAACUGGUAAUCAAUGUAAAUGUAAUAAAGUAAAGAAUGGUAAUUAUUGUGAUUCUAAUAAACACGAAAUUUGUGAUUAUACUGGAGACAAGCCACAAUGUGUUGUCUCUGAAUGUACAGAAGAUCUUGUUAGAGAUGGAUGUCUUAUUAAGAGAUGUAAUAAGACAAGUAAGACUACAUAUUGGGAGAAUGUUGAUUGUUCUAAUACUAAGAUUACAUUUGCUAAUGAUGGUAAAUCUGAAACUAUGUGCAAAGAUCAUUACUCAGCUACAUGUUUGAAUGGAGAAUGUGUUGUUCAAGCAGUUGGUGAUGUUUCUAAUGUAGGAUGUGGAUAUUGUUCAAUGGGAACAGACAAUGUUAUUAGAUAUCAUGAUGAUUGUAGUUCACGUAAAUCACAAUGUGGAAACUUUAAUGGUAAAUGUAAACAAAAUGAAAAAGACAAAUCUUAUUCAUGUGAAUUUGAUAAAGAUGACACUUCUAAAUCUGACAAUGACAUUUGUGCUAAGUGUUCUAGUUUAACAUGUCCAGCUGAUGCCACAUACAGAACAUACACUUAUGAUGCAAAAACAGGAACAUGUAAAGUAACUGUUAAACCAACACCAGCAUGUUCAGAAUGUGAAGGAGGUAAAUUUACAGAGAAAUGCAAAGAUCAAAAAUUAGAACGUAAAGUUACUUUAGAAGAUGGAAAAGAGUAUGAUUAUACUAUUCCAAAAGAUUGUGUUAAUGAACAAUGUAUUCCAAGAACCUAUGUUGAUUGUUUAGCUAAUGACGAUAACUUUGGAAAGAUUUAUAACUUCUAUUUACCAUGUCAAGCAUAUGUUACAGCUACUUAUCAUUACAGUUCAUUAUUCAAUUUAACUAAAUACAAACUUCAUUUACCACAAAGUGAAGAAUUUAUGAAAGAGGCAGACAAAGAAGCAUAUUGUACAUACAAAAUAACAACAAGAGAAUGUAAAACAUGCUCAUUAGUUGAAAGUAAGGAUAAAGUACAAGAAGUUGAUUUAUGUGCAGAAGAAACUAAUAAUGGAGGAGUUCCAUAUAAAUGCAAGAACAAUGAAUGUAUUAUUGAUCCUAACUUUGAUUGUCAACCAGUUGAAUGUACAAUUCAAGAGAUUAUUAUUGAGGAAAAAGAUGGAGUAAAAACAACAACCUGUAAGAGUACUUCAAAAACAACAUGUGACACUAACAACAAGAAAAUUGAAGAAGCACGUAAAGCAUUCCUUAAUGGAAAAGAAGGAGUAGAAAAUGUAGAAUGUGCAGGUACUGUUUGUCAAAAUGAUAAUAGCUGUCCAAUUGUUAUUAAUGCAACAAAAUGUAAUCAAAAUACAGAAGUAGAUUAUGGAUGUAGAGUAAUGACAGGAGAAUGUGAUGGUACAACAUACUUUUGUAAGUUUGUACCACUUACUGAUGAUCCAUCAUUAGAUAUUGCUUAUUUCAGAAUUAAAUCAGGAGUAGAACUUAACAAUGCUUGUAAGAAAUAUAAAUGUGUUGAGAAUAAAGGAAGUGAUGGAACAAUAACACACACAUGGGAGAUUGAUACCGAAAAAUCAAAUAUUGAUCCAAAAGCAAGAAAUCCAUGUGAAACAGCAACAUGUGAUCCAGCUACAGGUGAAACAGUAUAUAACAAGAAAACAUGUACAGUCUCAGAAGAAUUCCCAACAAUUACACCAAAUCAAGGAAGAUGUUUCUAUUGUCAAUGCUCAUAUCUUGAUGGAUCAGCAGUUCUUACUAUGUAUGAAGAAACUGAUACAGAAUAUUAUGAUCUUGAUGCAUGUGGUAAUUGCCGUGUCUGGAAUCAAUCAGAUAGAACACAACAACUCAAUAACUAUACUGAAUGUAUUCUCGCAGGAGAAAUUAAUAAUGUUGGAGCCAUCGCAGCAGCAACUACUGUAGCAGCAGUUGUUGUUUCUGUUGUAGUUGCAUUAAUUGUUGUUUCUAUUGGAUUGUUUAAGACAUACCAACUUGUUUCAUCAGCUAUGAAGAAUGCUAUCACAACAACCAAUGAGAAUGCAGAAUAUGUUGGAGCAGAAAACGAAGCUACUAAUGCUGCUACUUAUAAUGGAUAA